AUGGCCUUCAAUGACCUCCUGAAGCAGGUGGGGGGCGUCGGCCGCUUCCAGCGGAUCCAGGUCACCCUGGUGGUGCUCCCCCUGCUCCUGAUGGCCUCCCACAACACCCUGCAGAACUUCACCGCCGCCAUCCCCCCCCACCACUGCCGCCCGCCUGCCCAUGCCAACCUCAGCAAGGAUGGGGGGCUGCAGGCCUGGCUGCCCCAGGACACACAGGGGCGGCCCAAGUCCUGCCUCCGCUUCACCUCCCCCCAGGAGAGACCUCCCUUUCUCAACGGCACAGAAGCCAAUGGCACAGGGACCACAGAGCCCUGCACCGAUGGCUGGAUCUACGACAACAGCACCUUCCCUUCCACCAUCGUGACCGAGUGGGACCUCGUGUGCUCUCACAGGGCCUUACGCCAGCUGGGCCAGUCCUUGUACAUGGCAGGGGUGCUGAUUGGAGCCAUGGUGUUCGGCUACCUGGCAGACAGGCUGGGCCGCCGCAAGGUGUUGAUCCUGAACUACCUGCAGACGGCCGUGUCAGGGACCUGCGCAGCCUUCUCGCCCAACUUCACCGUCUACUGCACCUUCCGGCUCCUCUCGGGCAUGUCCCUGGCCGGCAUCGCCCUCAACUGCAUGACACUGAACGUGGAGUGGAUGCCCAUCCACACGCGGGCCUACGUGGGUACCUUGGCUGGCUACGUCUACAGCACGGGACAGUUCCUCCUGGCUGGUGUGGCCUACGCUGUGCCUCACUGGCGCUACCUGCAGCUGUUGGUCUCCGUGCCUUUUUUCGCCUUCUUUGUCUAUUCCUGGUUCUUCAUUGAAUCUGCGCGCUGGUACUCCACCUCUGGGAGACUGGACCUCACCCUGAAGGCCUUGCAGAAAGUGGCCCGGAUCAAUGGGAAGCAGGAAGAGGGGGCCAAGUUGAGUAUGGAGGUGCUCCGGACGAAUCUGCAGAAGGAACUGACAAUGAGCAAAGGCCAGGCCUCAGCCAUGGAGUUGCUGCGCUGCCCUGCCCUCCGCCACCUCUUCCUCUGCCUCUCCUUGCUGUGGUUUGCCACCAGCUUUGCCUACUACGGGUUGGUCAUGGACCUGCAGGGCUUUGGGGUCAGCAUCUACCUAAUCCAAGUGAUUUUUGGCGCCGUGGACCUGCCUGCCAAGCUUGUGUGCUUCCUCGUCAUCAACUCCCUGGGUCGCCGGCCCGCCCAGAUGGCCUCGCUGCUGCUGGCCGGCAUCUGCAUUCUGGUGAACGGGGUGAUACCCCGGGACCAGUCCAUCGUCCGGACCUCCCUCGCUGUUCUGGGAAAGGGUUGUCUGGCCUCCUCCUUCAACUGCAUCUUCCUGUACACCGGGGAGCUGUACCCUACGAUGAUCCGGCAGACGGGCUUGGGUAUGGGCAGCACCAUGGCUCGAGUGGGCAGCAUCGUGAGCCCACUGGUGAGCAUGACCUCCGAGCUCUACCCCUCCCUGCCUCUCUUCAUCUACGGCGCUGUCCCUGUGGCUGCCAGCGCUGCCACUGCCCUCCUGCCAGAGACCCUGGGACAGCCUCUACCGGACACAGUGCAGGACCUGGAGAGCAGGAGGAGAGGGAAACCAAGGCGACAGCAGCAGGAGCAACAGAAGCAGAUGGUCCCUCUCCAGGCCUCGGUACAAGAGAAGAAUGGACUCUGA